ACAGCUCUGUCAGUGGCCCUUCAUUCCUACUUCCCCUUCUAUUCAUGCAAAGCAGAAGCGCAAACACUCUAAGGACAUUAAAAGACUGCCACUCUCACUGGUGUCUGGCUCAGUCUUACUAGCAGCGAACACUUCGGGCACCAUGGAUCUGAAGGUCAAAGGAGGAGUGUUUAUAGUCCACCAUGUCCACGAAGGAAAACACCAGUAUGCAGUGGAAAAUGUGGUGAAGUACAAAAACACGACUGGAGAAAAAAUGUUUGCCAGGAGAGGAGACGAGCUGGUGCAGAUAAACAAUAUGGAUGUGCAGGAUUUCACACCUGAGGAGCUGGCAAAAAUGUUAGCUGAGGGGAAUCCAAUGCUGAAAGUGCACAAGGCAAGCAGGAUGAAAGACCGCAAUGAGCAACCCUCUGUGGAUGAGGACACUUUAUAUCCCGUCUCCAAGGAAUCCAUGAUUCUCAGUUUCAGCAUGGAGAUGAAGAGGGAGGAUGAGAAUGAAGUGGGAGAAGGAGAGGGGGAUGGGGACAUAGUGGAGGAUGUUUGUCAGGCUGGAAAUGAGGAGAACGCGGACGGUCUGCUUGUCGUUGCCAUGAAGAGGACCACCAUCUCCGUGGUGAGAGGGAGAGGCUGCGACACCGAGAGUCCCUGUGAGGGAUGUCAUGGGAUAGGGUGCAGCUUUGACGAUGUUGUCAUGGUGGCAGAAUCCAGCACAGUGACACUGGUUCCAAGGGGAAGUGGCAGUUUCAGAAAAGACAAGCAUGAAAAGGUAAAUGUUUCAAUCGAACAUGUGGCCACUCACCGAUACCUCAGAGGUCUCUGUUCAGAGAGGACCAUCUAUGCUUCACCAAAUCCAGAGAAGAUGACCAUCUACUACUACAGAGCAACUAAUCUGGACUUCAAAGGGAUGCCAGUGGUCCUAAACUUCACAGGCUCCAACUGCUUCCUCAGGUGCUGCAAGGAUGGAGGGACGGUGCUCCUAAAUGUGGAGACCUGCGAAAAGCACAGGCUAAAGAAGAUCUCAAGGACUGAUCCGAGCGCCCUCUCCUUCGUCUUCUACAUGGAUUCUGACCGGUCUAAUCAUUUGAAGUUUGAGUCAGCGCUGCAUCGUGGGUGGUUCAUCCAAAUACUCAACACAGAGUCAGCGGUGACGAUGGAAACUCUGGACGGAGGUUCAGAGGAACACUCGUUCCUUUUUAUAAUUCAGAAGUGAUGGAGAGCUGUUGUCUUCAGUUGUUUUCACAGUUCUCAGUCAAGUCAGUUUAACAUUCAAAAUUCUCUUGAAGGUGAUUUUAACUGAAGAAAAACAUGAGGAGCUCUUUUGUUUGAGCCACCUGGUCCAGUAACAAAACAAAAAAGUCACUGUGUCAAAUUCUGCUAUUGCAGAAGUAAGUAGAUAUGUAUCAUACAACUACUUUUUUGUUUGUGUGUGGUUUAGACUUAUGAUGUCUUUUUUGGUUUUUCAGUUGUGUUGUUUAGUGACCCUUUUGAUACAAGCACUAAUAUUAUGAGUAUGUAACUUUCAUUCAAAUUCAUUCAUUUCAAAUAUAUAUACUCAAAAUAAAUAUAAAAAAGUUGA